UAAAGAAUACUAAUUUUAUUUUUUAUCACAUAAAGUUGGCAACUUUACAUGCAUGCAUGACUUAAUGGGGCUUAAGAGCUCAAAAAGAGCUUAAAAAAGGUCUUAAUACAUGCAUGAGUCAAAAUACUCCAUAAAGUUUGCAGUUUUAUGAUCAAGGGGACUGAAUGGAGAGCUAAGAUCUAACAUCCAUUACUUCUGGAGUAGAUCGAAAGCCCACCUUUAACAUAAAAGGCUCAAAAAUGCCCAAGAAACACCAUAUAGAAGAUCUAUCAUAAACGAACAUAAUGGUGUGAGUUUUUUACCUCACAAAGCUUCCAAGUGAUAGCUGGUCCUAGGUCCACAAGCUCAAUCUACUUCUCCAAGGGUUUUUCUUUUUCUUUUUCACCUUAAGACACCAAAAAUAUCUUUAACAAGCUCAAAAACUUAUUAACACACUUAGGGUUUCGUUCUCUAGGACAAGGGAGAUGGAGGCUGGUCUAAAAUGUCUAGGAGGUGAGUUUAAGACGUAUAAAUAGGGCACAAACCCUAAAAAAUUAGGGUUUGUCCCAGACCUGCGUACGACAUGCAUACUCCACGUACUCCCCGUAUAAGUGGGUGGAAUCCGCGAUCAAUUAGAAGGCUAGUAUGCUAAGCGUACUAGCACAGGACCAUAUUGAUAACAAUUUAACAUUAGGGAUAAAAAUAGGAACUUAACCAAACUUGAAUGUUACACACUACUGCCACUUACCCUAAAGACUCUGUUGACUACUCUAAGCCCUAAUUACCAUUCUAUUCUUGUCCUUUGUGGUUUAAGAUAACUUUAACAUAAAUAAACAACACAAAAUCCAUCAACAAUCCAAAACCUAACAAAAGUGUCAUCAGAAACAUCCAAACUAUUUUUUUCAAAUCAUUUUUGAAAACAGCUGCAAGUAUGUUCCCUAAGUCAAUCCAAACCUGUAAUUUAAUUAUAUAGAUAGAAGAUUUGUGGAGACAAAUUUGAGGUGGGGGAAGGUAGCGGUGCGAGUUUUUGCAGCUUCGAUGAUGUUUGAGCUUGUGCAACUCCGACGAUAUGUAGGUUUGUGUAGUUCCAUUAACAAUUUCAUAAGUUCCUUUGCCGCUAGAUCCAUAUUACCCUUUAUAGUUUUAAUUACCACAUCAAAGCCCCCAACUCCAAUCACCAAGUUUUCUUCAUAAGUUGUUGCUUCAUCAAUCAUCAUCGAAGACGUGGUUAGGUGAUAAACAAAAAAGAUUUUGGUUAAACUGAGGGUUUUUGUUGAAAUGGAGGUGAAUGGAGAACGAGUUCAAUGCGCAACCUCAUAUUAGUUAGAGUAGUUGUGGAAAAUGGUCAACGAUUUUGGGUGUGUGCACUACCGGAGUCAAGGGAGAAUGUCGACGAUUUAGGGCGUGAGAAAGAAGAGACAUGGUGGCUUCGUGGGGCAAAGAGGGUGGGAGUGGAGGGAUUUCUUUUGUUUAUUAUUAAUAAAAACUGAUAAAAAAAAGUUAAGAAUAAUGGGAAAGAGAAUUAAGAGGGCAAAAUAUACAUUUCAAGUUUUUUAGGGAACAAAACCAUAACUAAAAUACACCAAAAGGACCAUAUCUACACCUUUAUAAGAUUUGGACCUUAAGCACUAAAACGAAAAACCACACGGAGCAUUUUUUUAAUUUUGUCAAAAAUCUAUCAAGCAUACUAUGGUACCAAUUUAUAAUCAUGUUAUACUACCAAGUUAUGUACAUUUAUCUUCUUUUAAAAAAAAUAAAACAAAACCAUAAAUUUUAUUGGAUUUUAAAUUCGAAUCCUUUUAAUAUCACACUACAAUAUCGGGAAAUUUUGUUAUUCAUAUUCUCGUUCCGUUUUAACCGUUUCCGUUUUGGUUGCAUGGUUGUCAAACUAUCUAACAACCCUAUCGCCGCUGAAUUACCUCAAGGUUUUAAGAUACAGAAGGAAAUCCAAUUUCAUUGCGGGAAUCGGAUAAAUAAGGGGCUUUCUUUUGAAUCUUAACUUCUGUUGUUCUUAGUAGUGCCAAUAAAUGGGGUCCUCGGUGGCAGAGAGAUACAUCUCUCAGAUAUCAAAGUAUUUCUCUCUCAGUCGAUCAUAUAAGUGGGCGUUAGUUUGUCUAGGUUGUGUUUAUAUAUGUGGUUUUGUUAGAAAAAGAGUGUUUUUCAAAAGUUCUUCAGCAUCCAAAGUAGAUAAUCCGUCGUUAAAAGGCAUGAAAAAGAUGCAUGAACAAAAAAAUGUAAGAAUAAAAUCAAUGUUGGUUUCUUGAUUAUUUAUUGAUUCCUUUGUAAAUAAUGCAUGAUGUCGUUCUCUUUUGUUAGGGUUCAACUUCAAGUAAGUCCACUUUUUCUAGCCUAUGGUUAGCGAAGAAGUUUCUAUCUGUCAAGAAACUGGUCAAAACCCACCCCUUAAAAAAAACGUCUUCAGGAAAAAUCACUCGUAUAGAAGAUGUUACAUUAAACCAAGAUUCUAGAAAGAUCAAAAAAAGCUCAAAUGUAGUGGGAACUUCCUCUAACAUUAAACAACAUGGAAACAAUGAAGAAGUUUUGAGGAAGUAUCGGAAGUUCAAGAAGUUUGAUAUUGUUGAGGACUAUUCGGAUCAUUACUAUAAAGGGUCAAAUUCGGAAAAAUGGCAGGUAUGUGUAGAUUUCAUUAUCUUGUUUAGUAAGGUUUUCUUUCACAAUAGAACUUUACAAGGAGAGUAAGGACUUAAUGCAAAAAAGAACUGUUUUUACUCGUUCACUUGUUAUUUGAUUUUUUAAGCCACCUAGAAACUGGGCUAAAAAGAUACAAGAAGAAUGGAGGGUUCUUAUGGAGUUGCCUGAUACGAUAUUUGUUAGGGUUUAUGAAUCAAGAAUGGAUCUUUUAAGAGCAGUGAUAAAAGGAGCAGAAGGGACACCAUAUCAUGAUGGUAUUUUUUUCUUUGAUAUCUGCUUUCCUAGCGACUAUCCAAAUGUCCCCCCAAACGUGCAUUAUCAUUCUGGUGGCCUGAGAAUUAAUCCGAAUCUUUAUGAAAAUGGGAGAGUUUGUUUGAGCCUUUUAAACACUUGGAGUGGUGGCAAGAAUGAAAAGUGGAGGCCUGGCGUUUCGACUAUGCUACAAGUUUUGGUGUCUAUACAGGGUUUGGUUUUGAAUGCAAAACCCUAUUUUAAUGAACCUGGAUUCGCACAUUCGAGAGGUUCUGCAAAUGGGGAGUAUCAGUCGAUGAUAUACAAUGAAUCGACUUUGAUUUAUUCUCUCAAAACUAUGGUUUACACCAUGAAGAAUCCACCCAAGCAUUUUGAAGAUUUGGUGAUUGGGCAUUUUCAUGACCAUGCAGUUACUAUUUUGACACUUUGUAAAGGUUAUAUUAAAGGUGUAGAAGUAGGAUGUUGUGUUAACAGGGGUGAGAAAGGUGCAAACGGAUUGGGGAAGAAUGUUGAUAGGUACAUGAGGAAACUUGUUCGGGCAUUUACAAAAAUAGGAGUUAAAAAUGUCAAAAAUUUUGCCUCGUAACUCGAUAUAUACGUGGCAUUUUUAGUAUCAAAGAGAAGCCAUCGCACAUCAGUACUUAACUACUUAUCUGAUUAUUCUUUUAGCAUUAGGUUGUCGUUUAACCUAUAUAUAGAUGUUUAAGAUUUUUAAGUCGAAAGCUUUUCAUUAAACAUAAAAGUCGUCCUAUUUAAUUUAAUGAAUUUAUGUUCAUAUUUAUUU